AGCGGCCCAGGGCAGGUCCAGCCUGCGCCGGCAGGAAGAGCAGUCUUCAUUCGCCCUGUGAUCUGCAGGCAUGGCAGGGCUGCAGCUCCGACGUCCGCGCCUGCUGCUGCUCGCCCGCCCGCCAGCCGGACCCCGGCUGCCGCUGCUGCGCCUGCUGCUGCUGCCGCUGCUGGCGCUGUCGGCCGCCGGGGACCUCUGCCCGUGCCAGCAGCCCGCGCACUGCCUCCCGAUCCGCCACCGCCCCGACUUCGAGGUCUUUGUGUUUGAUAUUGGCCAUAAAACUUGGAAACAUUAUGAUUGGACACAGAUUACAACUGUGGCAGUUUUUGGAAAAUAUGACUCAGAACUUAUGUGCUAUGCUCAUUCAAAAGGAGCCAGGGUAGUGCUAAAAGGAGAUGUGUCAUUAAAGGAGAUAAUUGACCCAAAAUUCAGAGCAGCUUGGAUAGCUCAAAAAGUGGACUUGGCUAAGACACAGUAUAUGGAUGGAAUUAAUAUAGACAUAGAGCAAGAAGUUGCUUGUUCAUCUCCAGAAUAUGACGCCUUAACUGCUCUAGUCAGGGAAACCACGGACGCCUUCCAUCGGGAAAUUGAGGGAUCACAGGUAACCUUUGAUGUAGCUUGGUCUCCAAAGAGCAUAGACAGAAGGUGUUAUAACUAUACUGGAAUUGCAGAUGCUUGUGACUUUCUCUUUGUGAUGUCAUACGAUGAACAAAGUCAGAUCUGGUCAGAAUGUAUCGCAGCGGCCAACGCUCCCCUUAAUCAGACAUUAGCUGGGUAUAGCGACUACACAAGGAUGGGCAUUAACCCUAAGAAACUUGUAAUGGGCGUUCCCUGGUAUGGCUAUGAUUAUACCUGCCUGAAUCUAUCUAAGGAGAAUGUUUGUACCAUUGCAAAAGUCCCUUUCCGGGGAGCCCCCUGCAGUGAUGCUGCAGGACGCCAGGUGUGCUACGGAGUGAUCAUGAAGCAAUUACUUCAUUCUAUUUCUGGAAGUCAAUGGGAUAAAGUUCAGCAAGCUCCCUUUUAUAACUAUAAAGAUCAUGCCGGCCAUUUCCAUCAAGUGUGGUAUGAUAACCCUCAGAGCAUUUCUUUGAAGGCAGAAUAUGUAACACACUAUGGCUUGCGGGGUAUUGGCAUGUGGAAUGCAAACUGUCUUGACUACUCUGGCGAUGCUGUAGCCAAACAGCAAACUGAGGAAAUGUGGAAAGCCCUAAAGCCAAAACUCAGACAGAGAUGAACAUGUUGUGUCAAACUAUUAAGAUUUAGAAAAAUGAUUUGUAUAUAGUUUCUUGAAGAGAUAAAAAAGUAUUCAUUUUUGUUAUGUUGCCAUAUAUUUUACUUACUAGUAUACUAAAAAAAUGUAGAUAAAGACUAAAAUUGUUUGAACUGAAAAAUGCAAAUUUCUAUCUUUGGCAUUCAGAACUAAAAGGCAAGACACAAAUCGGCUUACUUUGUCAAAUAUUGCUUUAUGUUUCAAUAUUAUACUGUCUUUAGCAAAAAAUCCUUUCAAAGUGUUAUGCUAAUUUCCCCAUGUGUAUUAAAAUAUGAAUUUAUAAACCAAUGCUGAUUUAAAAAAUAUGUAUAAUUUCAAGUGGAAAAGGUUUUCUUAGAACAGUUUUUUAAACUAGCAUUUGGAAAGCAGUUUAGGCUGUGCUUAAUUUUUCUAGAGAUCUUAAAUUUAAAACAGAAUAUAGUGUCCUCUCUUUAACAAAUUGAUAAAAACAAAUUUUAUGCUUGCUGACUAUAUGGAACGUAUUGAUGUUCUCUGAGGUACUUAGAAUGGAUUCAUUUAAACAUCCAAACAGUGAACAAGGGGAGGAAAGGGAUUCAACAGAUUAAAUGUACUCACAAAAAGAUAGAAAAAAUUCAGUAACAUUUUUAGUAAGAGAUGCCUUAUGUUUUCUAACUAGAUUACUUAGAUGAAUACAUUUUUAUUAUAAACUUUUUUACAAUAGGAAUAACUUGGUGUAAAGCUUCAUUUUAUUAAAUAUAAUUAUGUUUCUAAUUAUUCAUAUCCCUUCAUUUACAGACAUCUAUAAUGUAUUAGAUAAUUUUCUCUUUCCAUAUCUGAAUUUUAUUUUUGACUGUCUAAAAACACUGAUUAGUCUUCCCUUUCUAAAGAUUAAUUUUAUGUGAAGAAUUUUUCUACAUGUGAUGAAGUCUCUGUUCUCUUUUUCAAGGCAAUUUAGGACAACACUGUUUUGCACUUAUGUUAGUUCCUGCAAACAUAAAUAUUUAAAAUGUGCAUCUUUGAACUCUAGAUUUACAUAAAUCUUGCCUUCUGUAAGCAUUUUCCUUUACCCCAACUAAAAUGAUGAUUCAAACAUCUAUUAUAAAAUU